AAGACGCGUUCUGACUUAUAGCCUAUAGACCGGUUUAAAAUAGUAGCAGCAGUUGGUGUUAGACUUAAGCCCACAAUACCAAUCGAAAGGGAAAAACAAACUGACUUAACUCUGUUACUAUAUUGAAAAGUGCCAUUUUGUGACUUAAGCCCUUUAUACCUGACACUCGAGAAUUGUUAACGUCAAUAUUUACUUUAAAAUAAUCCCUCUCCAAUUAGUCUGCAUUACAUUUGUUACCCGUCGUCUAUAAUAAAUCAGAAAUUAUUUCGCUACUAAUAUAAUUACACCUUUCUGUAAGAACGAAAAGGAACGGAUUUAAUUAAUGAACUUUUUACUCGAAAAGCUUAAAAGUGCUAUUAAAAUCGCCGUUAAUUAAUGCAGCGUUGGAAAAAGCAGCAUGGAAAUACAUUGAAAAAAAAGUGAUUCUCAUGAUUAUGCACAUGCCGACACCGCGACCAAAUAGAAUGGAAAUUGUUCAAUGUAUAAACGUUUAACAGAUUGCGAGGAAUGCGUACAAACAUGUGCAGUUGAUAAUUCGAACACUCCUUGCAAAUGCAGUGGAAAAUCAAAAUUAAAUAAUGAAUUGAUUACUUACUUCGUUUCGAUGCAAGUAGAUAAACCAAUAAACCUUCGCGAUGAUCAACUGAAAAAAUUCAGUGACAAUCAGCUAUCCCGCGCCCUCAGGGAGUACGUGACGCCAUUGCAAGAUGCCAAGAUAAUCCAUUACGAGUCUCUCCAAUCAGGCGCAGAGCUAACGUACCGUUUUUCAAGCAGUAGGAGAGACGAGAAAAAGAUCAGGGCUAGUGUCGGAAAGUGGAAAGAACACGGUCACGUCGGAGGCAUGAAUCUAACUCACAAGGAUACUGUGUCCUUCUCCACCGAUCCCCUCAUAUCCUUGCAGGGUAUUAAUAUCAACCAAGUUGGUCCAAUCCGAGAAAACAACGACUUCAUCUUAUCCUGCGUAGCAAAAGGAUCGCCGAAUGUAGUUUUCAGAUGGUUCAAAGACGGCGUUUUUGUUAACGUCAGCACCUCUUCUAGCGGUUACAAAUGGUCUCGACUAAUAGAGGACCCGAACGUAAAGGACCAAUAUACCGAGCUCCUCGGGGUCGACAAAGCUUCGGCACUCGAUCAAGGCCUAUUCACGUGUCAAAUAGUGGACCACGGCGUACAACAAUGCCUCUCGAAGAGGGUAGAGGUGAGGUCGCCACCUCUCGUUUGGGUUGAGCCGAUGAGUCUCACCGUGAGAAAGGGAGAGAAUUUCACGGUGAAAUGUUUCAGUGCCUCUAGCGGCAAGCAGAAAAUUAAAUACACGUACAGCUGGACUAAAAACAGAAUUCUCCUACCCAUCCAGACGGACAACGAGCAUUACGAGGUCCUGUAUCCGAUGGGUAGCAUCUUGCAAGUGAGCAGUAUCAAUAAAUCGACAACUUUUUCAUGUUUGGUACAAGACGAACUGGUGUCCUCGGAGAUGAGCAUAUCAGUGACGGUCGUCUACGGAGAAGAUCCAAUUCUCACUUGCCCGGGGGAAAGCCACUUGGACGUGCUGUGGCCGGAAACGGCACCGGGAACUGAAAGUUUGCAGGAAUGCCCCAGAGAACAUUCGGGUGUGGCGAGAAGGUUCUGCGGGAUUCGCGACACCGGAAGGCCCAUUUGGCAAAUGCCCGACUACAGCGACUGCACUCCGAUUGCUCUGCGAGAGGUCAUCACUCAGUUUCAAAAAUUGAAACACGGUUACUCGUCAUCCACGCCGUCAGAAAUUUUGAUAGGAUACUUGCAGUACCUCGAAGGCUUGUCGGACAUCCUACCGGGAGUAGGAGCGCGAGUGUUGAGUUUAGUCGACGAUGUUAUUACAUUUAUCUCGGACACAACGAACGUCAGCGGUUCGGAUGCUACCAACGAGACCACGAAGCAAUCGAAAGAACUUUCCACAACCAUCCUACGUAUUGUAGACAAAAUUUUACAAUGCAAAUAUUCCCUCACAAACGAAUCGCAAAUUGUGUUGAUGCAGCAAGUGGUACGUAAUCAGGCGUUAUUGGCAAAGAUCGGACAACAUCCGGCGCGUCGAUCGUUUGUCACAUUAGACGUCACAUUGGCACCACCUGAUAACGAUAACGUUGCGACAACGUUUAGAGUACCUUCACAUGAAAAUAGGUGAGUAACGUGCCUUCGUUUCUCAAUUACUAUGCCACUUCACGUUCUCGCUAUUUCGGUUUUAGUACCCAACUCGGCCAUGUCCCAUCGUUAGAUUUUAUACGAUGGCGAGGAGCAUUGAUUUAAGUAAACACUUUGCUAUAUUUUAUGUGGAUAAGUACCGAAAAUAA